GGGAGGGAGCCUUUUUUUAGACCAGGCCUGGCUCUUGCUUAACUUGACCCCACAAGGAUUCAGCUACGUCCUCCUCUAUUGAUAUUUUUCUAUAGGCUGACAAACAAAGCUGACUUUGGUAUCCCAAAGCUUAUCUAUAGCUGUUGGCAUAGCUGUAUCUAGUGGCCAUAUGUGCCCAGAUAUUCCCACUGCGGCGGGCACUGCGUGAUGUUUUGCUGGCUUUGAAGCCGCCCCGGCAGCGGGGACCAAUAUCCCCUUACACAUUCUCCUCCAGAAAUAGCUUGGGCUGAGCCUUCGGGCCCGCGCCAGCCAAAAAACCCCUGAUCCCUGACUCCUGGGGGCAUCUUCUCUGGGAACAGUGAUAUCCCACGGCCACUGGCAGCUCCUCCUCUUCCUCCUGGCAGAAUCGGUGCGGGAGAGGCACGAUGGCCACAGAUACCUAAAAUUCAGGCUGCUGUGGUGAAGUGUUGGGAGGUUGAGGUUGGGUUGAAGAGGUUGAGGUUGGGCUGGGUUGGUGGUGACCAUGGGGCAUCUCCCCCCCGGCCCGAGCUGACCCGGGGCGCUGCCUCUUUUUUUCUGCCCAGAUGACCCGGACCCCGACGACGGGUUUAAUUAUAAGCAAAUGAUGGUGCGAGAUGAACGGCGCUUCAAGAUGGCUGACAAGGAUGGAGACUUGACUGCCACCAAGGAAGAGUUCACCGCCUUUCUGCACCCCGAAGAGUACGAUUACAUGAAAGAUAUAGUUGUGCAGGAAACCAUGGAGGACAUCGACAAGAAUGGGGACGGCUUCAUUGACUUGGAGGAGUACAUAGGUGACAUGUACAGCCACGAUGGGGACGCUGAUGAGCCCGAGUGGGUGAAGACAGAGAGGGAACAGUUUGUGGAGUUCAGAGACAAGAACCGCGAUGGCAGGAUGGACAAGGAGGAAACCAAAGAUUGGAUCCUCCCUUCGGAUUAUGACCACGCUGAGGCAGAAGCACGGCACCUCGUCUACGAAUCCGACCAGAACAAGGAUGGCAAGCUGACCAAAGAGGAGAUUGUGGAGAAGUAUGACUUGUUUGUGGGGAGUCAGGCCACAGACUUCGGGGAGGCCUUGGUGCGACACGAUGAAUUUUAAGAGCUGUACAGAGAAAGCUGUUUCUUAAAUAAUUUAUUUUUUACAGUUUCUGGGAUUAUCGUAAGAAACAUUUUUCGCUACUGAGACUGUUAUUUCAGGCGAUGAGGUGAAACAAAACAAAAUAUCUCUUCCCGUCCUUUUUUUUUCCCCUCCUCUUCCUUCUUCCCAAAGGGAUGGGGACUCGCUGGUCUGAAAACCAACUCUUUUAUUACAGCACUUUGUGGGUUGUUUUGGUUGGAGUUUUUUUUCAGAUUUUCACAUUUUCACAUUUUAUGGUCUUAACGAGUUCUGGUUUAUUUUUGUAUUUGUUUUGGUUCCACAUGAAGUGAAGAAACACGUAUCCUGACAAGGGUAGAGCAACGGCAACGGUUCCCCCCUUGCCCUGCCUCACUCUCUCCCCCUUGAUUUGUUGGUAUGUGCUCAGCUCUGCUCUUUUAAAAUUAAAUUUUUUUAAAAAAAAACCAACAAAAAACCCCCACCACCCUAGAACAAGCCAGAGAACAAUAGGGCCAAAAGGAAAAAUAAAACCAGAGGUGAGUCAUGCUUGUUUUAGACCGGGCUUUGCAAAUCCAAACACGGUUCAUCUGUCCCGUGGGGAGCUGUGCUCUCAGCUCCGCGCCUCUGGCAGGAUUUGCAGGCAGCCCUUGCCUGCGAGCUGCCCGUGCUUCUCCCGGCUCUCCGGGAAGAGCUGGACUUGCAAAAACCCCCUAAAACGGCAGCAAAGCCUGGCCCGUCCUCCUGCCGCGUCGCCUCCCGGUCAGGCGAGCGCUGCAGUGCUCCUUAUCCAGAAACGGGCGCGGGUGCUCCCUCCGCCAGCCCAAUUAAUGAGCCUGUUAAUUCACCAGAGCCACACCGGUGCAGUGAAACUGAUGGCAACGCGAGCCGAUAUAGUUUCCCUCUCUGUCAAAACUGCUUUCACGCUUCUGCAGCCCUGGGGCCUCGCUCAAAGUGCCUUUUAUCACCCCAAAAAUGCCACGAAGGAGGAAUGGCGAGGCCAGCGCCUGGCUGGGCACGGGGGGAUGCUCGCUGUGCUCCCGUCGCACCCGUAGCAUGUCAUUGUUCUUUCUGGAUUUAUUACUAAUAAUUAUAUUUUUUUAGUUUUUUUGGUCUUUUUAACCGUGCAUUCGCUGCUUCGCCCAGGGACCUCUCGAUUCCCUCUCACAGCCCGCUCACCUCGUCCCUGCACGCUCGGCCAACCCGCAGCAACGUGGAUCCUGCUCUGGCGGCAUCAGGCAGAGGUUGGUGCCAGCCACGCGCACCGAGGUGGGAAAAACACCCCGGCUUCUCCCUAAAAUCGGUCUCCAAGGGUUAAAAGCGCGGACUAUAACGUAUAUAUACUCCUCGUAUUUCAUGUACCUCUCAUAAAGUAAUGCUUUUGAUAUAACUCAAUGGGUAAUUGGAUAAUCCCAUGCCAGACCCGUGCAGUGAAUGCGCCUUUGGCGCUCGCAGACUGCGCCGAAGGGGAGCACUGGGGAAGAGUCACCGACGUCCCCAGCUCCUUCCCCCCAACACCAAAGCCCUCGGCAGCUUCGGCACGCUCUGCUUUCUCCACCCAGAAGGACUCGGAGCUCGUGGCUCCUUGGCGUUAACAGCUUCAGACACUAAUUUUGGUUCCCGGCGCAGGGUUCGCCCCGCGUUCCCCCCCUCUCCCCGCCCCACCGUGUUUAUUCCUCCAGUAUUUCUCCUCUCGGGAUGAUUUAAUUUUUAUCAAUCUGGUGUAAACGGCGCUUGGCGGCCGUGCCGGAGGAUUCUGUGGCUCAAUAAACCUGUUUACAUUCACCCCAUAA